AACAAUAAGCUUCUCAGCAUCUUCUCAGCCAUUGCACCAAGACCAAAGAAACAGCAAGGAGACAUCGACGGUGACAGCCCGCAGUGGAUGCCAGACUUGCGUGGCCAGUUUUACACAGACAUGCUUGGAAUCUGCAUUGUCCUCAUGAUUUGCCUUAGUGCAGUUCACAGCCAGUUUCCCAGAGCCUGCACGACUGAAGCAGCUUUUCGGACAAAGACUUGCUGUCCCCUCUGGAAAGACAAUAGUCCCUGUGGUUCCUUGUCUGGUCGUGGAAGGUGUCGAGACUGGACACCUUUAAGACGAAACAAAAUUCCUCAAGUUAAUGAUGAUCGUCUGGACUGGCCAAGAUUCUAUUAUGAAAACUCAUGUGAGUGCCAUGGAAACUACAGUGGCUUUGACUGCGGAGAUUGUAAGCAUGGAUACUUUGGAGAUAAAUGUGACCGGAAAAAAAUGAUAAUUCGAAGAGAGAUCAGAGAGCUGUCUUUUCUAGAGAAGAAAAGAUUGUUCAGCUACUUAGCUCUGGCUAAAACAACUAAAAGUAAAGACUUUGUUGUCCUAAUUACAGGAGACAGACACCAUCGAGAGACAUACCGCUUUAUUGAUGCUUCACUUUAUGAUGUUUUUGCGUGGAUGCAUUACUACGCAAUGAAGCCCAUACUGAUAAAUAAUACAUUUGAUCUCAUUAAAAAUUUUGCCCAUCAGGGUCCUGCUUUCCCAGGCUGGCACCGGCUUGCUAUCCUGUUUCUGGAGAGACAGAUCCAGAUGAUGACUGGAGAUGAUGACUUUGCUAUUCCAUAUUAUGACUGGCGUGGAGAGAAGAAUUGCUCAAUCUGUACUGAUGAUCUUUUGGGAAACAAUAAUGCCCAGGGUAUACUGACUCCAUACUCCCACUUCUCUUUCUGGAAGGCUAUAUGUAGUGGAUUUAAUUACCCCGAUGCUUAUUGCCCAACGGCUGACACUGAAUACAAAAUGGAAAGACUUCACAGGAAGCCAGGAACUACGCCAUAUGCCCUAAACAUGCCUACAUUCUUAGAUGUGGAGAACACACUGAAACUGAAAGAAUUUGACACACCACCAUUUAAUGAGACAUCCCUUCUCAGUUUUCGUAAUGCCCUGGAAGGCUUUUUGGCACCAGAUGGGGUGACCUUAAAGAGGAGUAUGCAUAAUCUGAUCCACAUAUAUCUUGGAGGGACAAUGUCUCAGAUUCCGAUAUCCAGCAAUGAUCCAAUCUUUAUUCUGCACCACAGCUAUGUGGACAAGAUAUUUGAACAAUGGAUAGCCAAAUACAAUGCAUCCCCAAGUGCAUAUCCUGAAAACAAUGAAUUUGGACAGUCCCCGACUGAUUGUAUCACGCCAUUUUUUCCAUGUUACCAAAAUAAAGAUUUCAUCCGCAAAUCAACAGAAUUUGGCUAUCGGUAUUCUGUUUAUAAUGACAAGGAGUGAUGGAGUAAGGAAUGUGAUAUCCAUUAAUCAGGAAACUCAGGCUAGAGGCAGCAGGUCUCAUCAAGAAAUUAUUUUCUCUAGAACAUCUAAAUGGGACAAAGUCACAAUGUUUCAAGAAGAAUGUGUGUAAAGUGUAAUUUCUGUACUGCCUGUCCUGUUUCUUUCAUAUUGUUAUGUUAGUUGUGUUUUCAGUAGCCAGGUCUAAAACAGAUAUACAUUAAGUAGAUCAUUUGUGAAUUACUGGUUUCUAUGUGUGGCUGCAAAACAUUGGAUAGACAUCUGGGAAAACUCUUCCUUUUCUUUUCAUCAUGUCCCUUUUUUCAAUGUGAGCACAUUUCAUGGGAACGUAGGUAAAUUCAGAGCUCACAUUAAAUGGAUUGUACUUGCGGUAAAACAAAAUUAACAUCAAAGUUUAACCACCGUGCUUCUAAAAUUCAGUCCCACAAGACGGUGUGCUUCACUCGUAAACAUUUCUAUGAAAAUAAAAUUGUUUUGUCACAAUUUCACAAUUUGA